AUGAAAUUUUUGUAUGCUCUAAAUUUAUCCGAUAACGCAAUAUUUAAAUAUAUAUUGUCCUCGUUAUUGAACGAAUAUUGCACUUGCUUGUUCUUUGAUGGGGAUGUUGGUGGAAUUCCUGGUAUUGAUUGCGAAGGUUCUACUGGUGAUGGUUCUCCUGAUUAUGCUUCUGGUUCUGAUGUUGGUGAAUCUACUGGCUCCAUACCUGGCUCUGAUGACUGCGAAUCUCGUGGUACUGUUAACGUUGUUGUUCUUAGCGAACCUUCUGGUUCUGCAGAAUUUCCGAUGAUGGUAACCUCCCAGUUCCUUUCCAUUAAAUUUGUCUUUUAUGAUGAUGGGGGUUCUAAUGCAAAGCAACUUACAUCGGACAAUCCUAAACCUUUGACUUGCUCGUUCCAAAAAGAUGAAGCGCAUAAUAAUUAG